CCGGUGCCCUUCGGUCCCGGUGCCGGUGCCGGUGCCCCGCCCCCUCCAUCGCCACGGCAACGGGAGGCGGAGCCGAGGGGGCCGCCGGGAGCCGCCGUUCGGCCGCGGCGCGGAUGGAGGCGCGGGCGGAGAAGGGCGAGGAGGGCGCCGGGGCGCGGAUCACGGCGCAGCUGCUGAAGGCCAGCACCGGGCAGUUCGCGCUGGACUCCAUCCUGCUGCUGAGGCUGCGCGGCCGCGGCAUCGCCGACCUGGGCUGCCUGGGCGACUGCGCCCACCUGGAGUGGCUGGACCUCUCCGGCAACGCCAUCUCGCAGCUGGGCCCGCUGGCCGGCCUCAAGCAGCUGGCCGUCCUCAACCUCUCCCGCAACCGCGUCUCCAGCCUGGAGCCGCUGGGCUCCUGCGAGAGCCUGCAGAGCCUCAACCUGGCGGGCAACCUGGUGAGCAGCCUGCAGCAGCUGCGCUGCCUGGCCGGCCUGCGGCGCCUGGAGAGCCUGCGGCUGCGCGACGCCCUGGGCCAGCUCAGCAACCCCGUCUGCGCCGCCGCCGCCGCCUACCGCGCCGCGCUGGCCGAGGCGCUGCCCGGCCUCAAGGCCAUCGACGGCGAGCGGGUGUCGGGCCGCGGCAGCGAGCUCUUCCAGCUCUGCCGGGACCUCGACAGCUCGCUGGGGCACGGCCCCGGCCCCGCGCCGCCCCGCGCCGCCCAGCCCUGGGUGCAGGCGAGUUUCUGGGAGCCGCCGCCGCCCCGGCGCAGCUCCGUCAUAGAGGAGGCGUACAAGCAGUUCGGCGAGGCGCUGCAGGAGUGCCGGGAGCUGAGCCGGCGCGCCGACGACACCAUCGCCCAGGCGGAGCGGGCGCUGGGCGUCCGCGGCGACCCCAGCUCCUACAUCUUCUGAGCGGGGAAGAGACCCGGUCCCGGAGCCCCGCACGCCACCGUCCCACCCCGUCCGCCCCCAGCCGGGGUCCCCGAGGAGCCACGAAGCCGGCCUCGCCUCCGGGCCGCUGCGGUGCCCGAGCCCCACUCCGCUCUGGAGCAGCACCCGGGCUGGCCGCCGAGCUGGCUGCUUCAUCCACCUCGUUGCGCUUCGUGCCCUCGGAGCCCAGGGCAGCUCCCAGCGGGUCCUGAGCUCACGGCCUCCACGGGGACCUGGGCCGGGAAACCAGGGCUCCCCAUCCCUCACAUCGACGCAGCAGGAGCAGAGGAGCACUUCCACAUCUGGUGGAUUUCGGAGCUGUCCCCAACCCCCCCGGCCCGGCGGAGGAGCUGUGCUGAGAGGUGGGGAGGGGGGCUGCAGGGCGGGGGGCUGGGGGCAGGGACGGAGGGGUGUCACGGAGCGAUGGAGGCUGUGCAGUAAAGGCGUGCUGUCCUCGA